AUGGGGCAAUUUACGACAUAUAAUGCUAGGAUUGCAUCUAACCCAUAUGUUGUGGGUUCGUUUGCCUGCAUUGGAGGAGGUCUAUUUGGUUUAGACAUUUCCUCAAUGUCGGGUGUGCUAAACAACCCUUCAUACCUCUCGACAUUCAACUUCCCCGGCCCAUCUGCACAAGGUGGUAUCGUCGCUGCCAUGCCCGCAGGCUCCUUGGUGGGGUCUCUCGCAGUUACUCAGUUAGCAGAUAGGAUAGGCAGAAAGAAGACUGUCAUUUUGGCUGGCCUCAUCUGGGUCAUCGGGUCAAUUAUUCAAUGCGCUUCGGUGGAUCGUGGAAUGCUUGUCGUUGGUCGUAUCAUCUCAGGUAUCUCGGUCGGCCUGUCCAGUGCCGUCGUUCCAAUAUAUCAAUCCGAGAUCACCGCCCCUGCUAUUCGAGGUCGAAUGGUUUCCUUGCAGCAAUGGUCUAUCACUUGGGGCAUUCUCAUACAGUACUUUAUUCAAUUCGGUUGCUCUUACAUCCAUGGCGUCGCGUCGUUCCGUAUCCCAUGGGGCCUGCAAAUGAUUCCUGCCAUUAUCCUCAGUUUGGGUAUGACUGUCUUCCCUGAGAGUCCCCGUUGGCUUUUCGACCACGGCUACGAAGAGGAAGCUCUACAAGUUCUGGCUGAUUUGCACGGUGGAGGUAACACAAAGAAUGAACUUGUGGUACUUGAAUACGAGGAAAUUAAACAACAAGUUUACUUUGAGCGUACUGAGGGAGCCAAAUCAUACCUGGACCUUCUGAAGGGAGGAAACCCUCGUCGUGUCAUGCUCGGAAUGAGUCUUCAAAUGUGGUCUCAGCUUUGCGGAAUGAACAUCAUGAUGUACUACAUUAUAUAUGUGUUCGAGGGAGCUGGUCUGACUGGUAUUCGCACUAACCUCAUCGCUGAUUCCGUCCAAUACGUUUUGAACGUUGCUCUCACUGUACCCGCGAUUAUCUACAUCGAUAAAUGGGGUCGCAGACCCAUGCUCCUUGUCGGAACUUUGCUCAUGGGCUUCUGGAUGUUCCUGGUUGGUGGUCUCCAAGGUCGCUUUGGACAUUGGUCGACUCCCGACUCGAAUGGAAGUUCCGUAUGGGUCAUCGAUGGAAAUCAAGCAGCGACAAAAGCUGUCAUUGUUUGUUCAUACCUCUUCGUCUGCAGCUUCGCUAUCACUAUGGGCCCAGUGUCUUGGACGUACCCUGCCGAAUUGUACUCGUUGAAAGUCCGCGGAAAGGCCGUAUCUCUUUCAACUGCAUCCAAUUGGGCCUUCAACACCGCUCUAGCCUUCGCCGUCCCUCCAGGCCUUAACAGCAUUGCGUGGAAGACCUACUUUAUUUUCGGCACAUUCAACUUCGCGGCCUUCCUCCAUGUCUUCUUCAUGUUCCCCGAGACAGUCGGAAGGUCUCUGGAGGAGGUAGAAGAAAUCUUCCAGCAAGGUCACACCUUCACAGCCUGGAGGAUCGGUAAAGAUGUCGGGAAGAAGACCCUCGCUGAAGUCGUGGAGAAAUCAAGGGCUAUAUCGGGUGCAAAAGGUGACGAUUAUAAGGAAGAAAAGCACUCUGAAGAGCAUGUAGCAUGA